AUGGAGGCACUGCCUGAGCUCUACGCCAUCUUCCAGGGAGAGGUUGCUACAGUGACAGAAUAUGGGGCAUUUAUAAAAAUCCCGGGCUGCAGAAAGCAAGGCCUUGUCCAUAAGACUCACAUGUCCUCCUGCCGUGUGGAUAAACCCUCAGAGAUAGUAGAUGUUGGAGACAAAGUAUGGGUGAAGCUUAUUGGAAAAGAGAUGAAAGAUGACAAACUGAAGCUUUCCCUCUCCAUGAAGGUUGUUAACCAAGGCACGGGAAAAGACCUCGAUCCAAACAAUGUUUCUCUUGAUCAGGAUGAGAGGAAAAAACGCACGUUCCGAGACUACACGAGUCAGAAGAUCACGCUUGAAGCUGUCUUGAACACCGUGUGCAAGAAAUGUGGUUGCAAAGGUCAUUUUGCCAAGGAGUGUUUUGUGCAACCCGGAGGCACCAAAUAUAGCCUCAUUCCAGAAGAGGAGGAAGAGGAGAUGGCAGCAGCAGGAUAUGAAAGAGAUAAAAAGACCAGCCUGGCUGAUGAUUCUUCAAAAAAAAGGAAAAAG